AUGACGUGGUUAUUCAGUGGGUUGGGGAUUAAGACUUCGGACCGGAUUCAGAGUACACGCGGAUUCUGUCCUCGAAUUCAGAGUACCCGCAAGAUUUAUCCUCGUCUUCAGCGUACACCCGAGCUCGGCCCCGUCUUCAGCGUACACCCGAGCUCGGCCCCGUCUUCAGCGUACACCCGAGCCCGGCCCCGGGUUCAGCAUCGUCACAUUUUCUUCCUCUCUCGCCAUUUUCUGCUUCUUCCCCCCCUCUCAUUCUCUCUCUGUCCAUUUGUUUACCCUCUCUCUCACACACACAUACAUACACACACACCAUUUCGCUGUCGUUUUGUUUCUCACUCUCUCAUACUCUUUCUUUCCAUCUCUUUAUCAAACCCUUCUAUCUCACUCCAUCUAUCAAACCUUUUCGCCUCUACCCUUUCUAUCUCACUGUCUCUCUAUCAAACCUUUCUCUCUCACUAUUUCACUACGUCUCUCUAUCAAACCUUUCUCUCUCACUAUUUCACUACGUCUCUCUAUCAAACCUUUCUCUCUCACUAUUUCACUACGUCUCUCUAUCAAACCUUUCUCUCUCACUAUUUCACUACGUCUCUCUAUCAAACCUUUCUCUCUCACUAUUUCACUACGUCUCUCUAUCAAACCUUUCUCUCUCACUAUUUCACUACGUCUCUCUAUCAAACCUUUCUCUCUCACUAUUUCACUACGUCUCUAUCAAACCUUUUCUCUCUCACUAUUUCACUACGUCUCUCUAUCAAACCUUUCUCUCUCACUAUUUCACUACGUCUCUCUAUCAAACCUUUCUCUCCCAUCAUUUCUCUCUCAAACCUGUCUCUCUCUCUCACAGUCUCUCUAUUAAACCUUUCUUUCUCUCCUUUCUCUUUUUCUCACAGUUUUACUCUCCUUUUUCUCUCCUUCUAUCACACCCUUUUUGUCUCUCUUUCUCUCUCUCUCUCACAAACUUUCUUCACUAACUUCUUCACUUUUUCCUUCUCAUUCCUGCUCCUUCUCCACUAUUCAUUUACUCUCUUCCUUCCUCCUCCACUAUUCAUUUACUCUCUUCCUUCCUUCUCCACUAUUCAUUUACUCUCUUCCUUCCUCCUCCACUAUUCAUUUACUCUCUUCCUUCCUCCUCCACUAUUCAUUUACUCUCUUCCUUCCUCCUCCACUAUUCAUUUACUCUUAUUUUAUUCCUUCCUCCUCCACUAUUCAUUUACUUUCUUCCUUCCUCUUCUCCAUUCCUUUACUCUCUUCCUCAUUUUCCACUAUUCCUUUACUCUCUUUUAUUCCCUUCCUUUACUCUCUUCCUUUCUUUUAUUCCUCUCUUUUCUUUUAUUCCUUUAUCUAUCCACUUUAUUCCUUUUAUUCCUUCCUUCUCUAUUCCUUUACUCAUUCCUUUUCUUUUUUAUUCCUUUACUCCUUCCUCUUCUUUUAUUCCUUUACUCUUCCUUUCUUUUAUUCCACCAUCUUCUUUCCUCUUCCUUCCCCCUAUCCACUUUUUAUUCCUUUACUCUCUUCCUUUUUAUUCCUUUACUCAAAUUCCCUUUUAUUCCUUUAUCCACUAUUCCUUUACUCUCUUCUUCCUUUUUAUCCUUUCUCUUUUCUUCCACUAUUCCUUUCUCUUCUCUUUUUAUUCCUUUCUUCUCUUCCUCUUCUUUUAUCCACUAUUCCUUUUCUUUUAUUCUUUACUUCCUUCCUUUAUCCACUAUUCCUUUCUUCUCUUCCUUCUUUAAUCUUCCUUAUUCCUUUACUCUCCUUUUCCUUUAUUCUCUUCCUUCCUCCCUUUCUUUUAUUCCUUCUUCCUCUUCUUUUUAUUCCUUUACUCUCUUCCUUUCUUUUUAUUCCUUCUUCCUUCCUAGACACAUUUAUCUUUUAUUCCUUUACGAACUUCCUCUUCUUUUUUUAUUCCUUUACUCCACUUUUAUUCCUUUCCUUCCUUUUUAUUCCUUUACUCUUUCCUCCCUUAUUCCUCCUUCUCCACUUUUAUUCCUUUACUCUCUUCCUUCCUUUUCUUUUCCUCCUUUUAUUCCUUUCCACUUCCUUUCCUUUUCUCUUCCCUUCCUUCCUUCCUCCCUUUUAUUCCUUUCCUCUUCCUCUUCUUUUAUUCUUUACUCUCUUCCUUUUAUUCCUUUCCUCCCUUCUUUUUUUCUCUCUUCCUCUUUUUUAUUCUUUUCCUUCCUCUUCUUUUAUUCCUUCCUCUUCCUCUUCUUUUAUUCCUUUACUCUCUUCCUCUUCUUUUAUUCCUUUACUCUUCCUUCCUCCCUAUUCCUUCUCCUUCCUUCCUUUUAUUCCUUUACUCCUUCCUCUUCCUUUAUUCCUUCUCCUCUUCUAUUCCUUUACUCUCUCCUUUCUUUUAUUCCUUUAUCCUUCCUUUUAUCCUUUGCCUAUUCACUUUUCUUUUAUUCUCUCUUCCUUCCUCUUCUUUAUCCUUCUUUUAUUCCACUAUUCCUUUAUUCCUCUCUUCCUUUUCUCCCUUUCCUUCUCUAUUCCACUAUUCCUUUUCUUUUUCCUUCCUUCCUCUUUCCUUCCUCCACUUUCCUUUUACUCCUUCCUUCUUUUAUUCCUUUAUCCUUCCUCCUCUUUUAUUCCUUUACUCACUUCCUCCUUCCUCCUUCUCCUUCUCUUUUUUCCUUUUCUUUUUCUUCUUUUAUUUUCCUUCCUCUUCUUUUUAUUCCUUUCACUAUUUUCCUUCCUUCCUUCUUCCUUUUCUUUUCUUUUAUUCCUUUACUCUUUCCUUCCUCCCUAUCCUUUCCACUAUUCCUUUACUCUUUUCCUUUAUUCCUUCCUUUUUCUCCUUUACUCUUCCUACUCCACUAUUCCUUUACUCUCUUCCUUCCUCCCUAUCCUUCUCCACUAUUCCUUUACUCUCUUCCUUCCUCCCUAUCCUUCUCCACUAUUCCUUUACUCUCUUCCUUCCUCCCUAUCCUUCUCCACUAUUCCUUUACCCUCUUCAUUUUUUAA